UCUCAUCUACUCCCCGCGCCGCUACUUUGGAGGUUGCGUCCAUAAGUCCGUGGUUUUAUUUAACGAUUUUUAGGUUAGGAACAUAAAACCUGCAGUUCUUCAGUUGGUUAUGACAAUCUAAUACCUUAAAGGUUUCUGCAUAAUGGAGGUCGAGUUUAAAGAGUUAUCCAGUGACGCUAAUCUUGUUGCCAAAGUUAAAAACUUCCACAAAUCAACAGAUGAUAUAAAUAACCAUCUGAAACUUGCUACUAGCCCCGAGUUCUACGAGAAACUUUCCAAUUCUGACAAAUUGAAAUAUAACUUGUUAAUGUCAUAUAGUUUGAACACUCUGUUUUGGAUGUACCUGCGACUCGAAGGUGAGGAUCCAAUGAAGCAUGAAAUCAAAUCUGAAAAUGAGAGAUUGAAACAAUAUAUGGCUCGGGCAAAACAAAUCAAAGACAGAGACACUAUAAUGCCUAGAGUAAACAGAGAAGCAGCUCAAAGAUUUGUUAGAAGUGGGCUUUGGGAAUCAAGAAGCGAUAAGGAUAAAAGUAAAAGGAUAAAGGGCCCAAGAAAAAAUACCACCUGAAAACUGAAUUAAUCAUUUCUCAAAGUAUAAUGUAAGCUGCGUUAAUCUCGAUCAAGUAACUACGAAACAUCAUUGCUUUUUGACCAUUUUUUAAAGUGAUAAUUAAAUUUAUAGCAAAUAAACUCAUGUAGCACACCAAAUGAAGACCAGUAUGAUCAAUUUGUAUCCUUUUGUUAUGUUCUUCCAAGCAAAAUAUGAUAAACAUUAUGAAUGUUUUUCUAAUUAAUGUGUAAUCCAGAA